ACUACGUUAUUAUCUAUGCCAGAUAUUUUUUGGCGGGACGGCGCGUUGUAAUGUAAAGCCAUAGGAACUCAAAUAUAUUAAGUGUAUAAUCUAUGAUAGGAACAUUAGGAACACUGGUGGUAGACUGGUACAGUAAAUUACAAGUUUUUCCCAGGCUUAAUCGUAAGACAAAUUUUUAAGCAACUACAUAGAGGUGCUGGAAAAAUUAAAUCAUCUGAUUUAAUUCAAAUCAAAUGUCAACAAAUAUGAAGCUCUACACUAUUUUAUUUAAUUUAUAUGUAGCGCUAAUUAGUGUUGAUGGUGUAAAAAAAUUUCAUUUGGGCCGUAGUAAUGGUGGUAAUUUAGGAAUACCUGGUGGUGAUUAUCAAUCAAAUUUGCCACCUCCACAGUGGUUUAAGCAAAAGUUAGACCACUCAAAUCCAUCCGAUCUUCGAACUUGGAAACAGCGCUAUUAUGUAAAUGACAGUUUUUAUGAUUUCAAAAAUCAAGGCCCAGUAUUUUUGAUGAUUGGUGGUGAGGGUCCAGCUGAUGCAAGAUGGAUGGUGACAGGAACUUGGAUUAAUUAUGCAAAGAAGUUCAAUGCACUUUGUAUAAAUUUAGAACAUCGUUUUUAUGGAGAGAGUCAUCCCACUUUGGAUCUUAGUAUUAAGAACUUACAGUUUCUAUCAUCAUACCAAGCACUUGCUGAUCUGGCCAAUUUUAUCAGUUCAAUGAAACAGAAGUUCAGAUUAAAUGAAAAGGUGAAAUGGAUUGCCUUUGGAGGAUCCUAUCCAGGUUCCUUGGCUGCUUGGCUAAGAUUAAAAUAUCCUCAUCUUAUACAUGCAUCUAUUUCUACAAGUGGACCACUAUUGGCUAAAGUUGAUUUUAAGGAAUAUUAUCAAGUAGUUGUUGAUGCAUUAAGAGAAAAGACUGGUGAUGAUAAAUGUGUCAAUGAACUUAGGCAAGCGCAUAAUGAAAUAAGUCAAUUAAUACAACACAGUCCAGAAGUAAUUGAAAAGGAAUUUAGGGUUUGUAAGCCAUUUGGCUUGGCAUCCCAAAAUGAUAUGAAAAAUUUCUACAAUUCAAUAGCUGAUGAUUUUGCUGAUUUGGUGCAAUACAAUGAAGAUAACAGGAUAAGUGCAGAUGUUAAUUAUAAGAAUCUCACAAUCAAUACAGUUUGCGACAUGCUAACAGCAACUGGAGGCUUACCUGCUUACAAGAAACUAGCUGCGUUCAAUGAUAUUGUUCUAGCUAAAUCUAACGAAACUUGUAUGGAUUAUAGCUACGAUAAUAUGAUCUCAGAUCUCAGGAAUAUAACAUGGAGCUCUAAUGGAGCUCGGCAAUGGAUGUAUCAAACGUGUACAGAAUUCGGAUUCUAUCAAACGUCAUCUGCCGAAAUGGAUGUCUUUGGAAAUAAUUUCGAUGUCGAUUUCUUCAUCCAGCAAUGUCAAGAUGUGUUUGGACAAAAGUACAAUCUCAAUUUCGUUUCGAACUCCGCUGCAUGGACUAACAAUUACUAUGGUGCUCUAAAAAUAGCUGUGGGUCGGAUAGUGUUCGUACACGGUUCCAUAGAUCCGUGGCACGCUCUGGGUAUAACCGAGACGAAGGAUAACGAUUCCCCUGCUAUUUUCAUACACGGAACCGCACACUGUGCCAAUAUGUAUCCAGCCAGCGAUAAUGAUUUAGCUGAACUGAAACAAGCAAGAAUCGAAAUUGAAAAAUAUCUAUCCAAAUGGCUUGAUUGAUUCAACAAACCUUCGAUAACAAUGUUUCUAGUUUUAAUUUUCAAUUUGAAUCUCAAAUUACAACAACAGAUCGCCUGAAUCAUUAUACUGAAGUAUCAUCUAACCGCCCAAUAGCAAUUUUUAACGACUACAUAGUAAAUAUUAACUUUAAAAAACAUAAAUAUGAGAGUCAAGCAGUAUCGGAUUAUCUUUCUCGCUUUUCAAACGCUUUAUGGAAUAUUACGGAAUGGUGGACUCGAAACUCUUAAAGGAAUUAAGAAGAUAUAAGCCCUAAAUAUAAAGAACUAAAACAAUCACUGUUAUCUUUAGCCUGUUUUGAGAUAUUUACGACAACAAUAUCACUUGUUUUGAUGUGCCUAAAUAUUUUGUUAGCUUUUUGUAAAUAAAUGAUCAAUUAUAGCAAUA